AGGAGAUGGAAGAAGGAAAUCCACGCACCGAAAGGGUCGCACAACAACAAAGUAAUCGAGAGAGAGAGUGCAGAAAGCGAAAGCAGGCGUCGCCGAAACGAAACCCUAUCAAGCGAACGGAUGCGCACUAGGCCCGUCCACCAACGCUUCCAUCCAAAAUCUUCUCCUCCUCCCCUCCCCUCCCCCCAUCCUCUUUUGAUCCGAUGUGACGCUUCCCCUCUCCCAAUCCCCUAAAUUAUUGCAUGGAGACAAGCUCCCGAUCGAUCCUUCGCCUUUUAAUAUCGUUCUGCUCAACCCCACCCUCCAAAGAUUGAUCUUUCCCCAUGGCCGAUGCCUCCGCCGAGUUCCGCCGGCCGGAGCUCAUCCCUCCGGCGGCCGACCUUGUUGUCGCGCAGCAGCACGACGGCCUCCGCUUCUGGCAGUUCAUGGUGGCCGGGUCCGUCGCUGGUCUUGUCGAGCACACCGCCAUGUUCCCUGUGGACACCCUUAAGACCCGGAUGCAGGCCGGUUCCCCAGCAUGCCACCGGCCGCUCGGCCUUCGCCAGGCCGUCCUCUCUGUCGUCCGCGCCGAGGGCGCCCUCGGCCUCUACCGCGGUCUCGGCGCCAUGAGCCUCGGCGCCGGCCCCGCCCACGCCGUCUACUUCUCCGUCUACGAGAUAUCCAAGGAGUCGCUCUCCCGGGAGAACCCCAACAAUCCGGUGGCCCACGCCGCCUCCGGGGUGCUCGCCACCGUCGCCAGCGACGCCGUCUUCACGCCCAUGGACACCGUGAAGCAGCGCCUCCAGCUGAAGAGUAGCCCGUACAAGGGGGUCGCGGACUGCAUCUCCAGAGUUCUGAGGGAGGAGGGCAUCAGGGCGUUCUUCGUCUCGUAUAGGACGACCGUGGUGAUGAACGCCCCCUAUACUGCCGUGCACUUCGCGACGUAUGAGGCGGCGAAGAGGGGGCUGAUGGAAGUCUCACCGGAGAACGCAAGCGAUGAGCGGCUGGUGGUGCACGCCACCGCCGGUGCAGCUGCAGGUGCCUUGGCAGCGGCCGUCACCACACCGCUUGAUGUGGUCAAGACGCAGUUGCAGUGUCAGGGUGUUUGCGGCUGCGAUAGAUUCUCCAGCAGCUCGACAGGUGAGGUGAUACGGGCCAUAUUAAGGCGCGACGGCUAUGCCGGGCUGAUGAGAGGAUGGAAACCUAGAAUGCUGUUUCAUGCACCAGCAGCGGCCAUUUGCUGGUCGACAUACGAAGCAAUGAAGUCCUUCUUUGAACAGAUGAAUGAUCAGAAGUGAUUCCAUGUUCUAAAUCUUAUAUAGAAACAUGUUGUAUCGCCCGAUAAAAGCCAGCCGCUGUCAUGCAUGCUGCUGUGACUGUUGCUGUGAAUGUGUAUUUAUUCCCACAUCCACUUGAAAAUUGUGUCUGUACAAAUUUUCUUCUUGGUAAUAUAAAUAAUAAUCAUGCUCGGAAUCGGAAAUUGAUUUCGAUUAUCACAC